AUGCGCGAUCAAGGUUGUAUUUAUUUUCAGAUUUACAGCGCAACGACGGAUUCUAGAAAAGUGGAGUAUCCGUUUUUGAAUAAUAGGAAUUUCGACUGCGGCCCUUACGGCUUCACGUGCGAAGGACAGGCGAAACUGAGACUGUGCGAGGGGCCAAAUCUGUUUGGGCCUUCGUUUCUGUGCCCCCCGGGCACAAUAUGCAACGAAGAUUCCAGCGAUGUUUGUGAAAACGUUAACAACUACAUCGAACCGUCUUUCGGUAAAACGAUACGCUGCCACAGACACGAAAGGAUCGCCGACCCCAGCGUUCCGGGAUGUAAAGGCUACAUUCUGUGCAUCCCUAACAAGAAUCGUUUCCAAGGCAUCAAAUUCAAAUGUUCGGGAACCACAAUUUUCAACGGUUACACGCGAGCGUGCUCUGCGCCUGACAAAUACAAGUGUCCUAUAGCAAACACUACUCAAGCGAACGAUUUUUACAUUGAAAGCAACAGGAGAAUUGACACUCGCCAUGAUGUUGAAUUCGAGAAUAAGCCAACAGCGCCUCGCCCGAGGCCUAUUGACUGUAAGAACUACAAGUUCACAGUGACGCCAGGCCAGAGCCCGGCGAAGGCGGCGUACUUCUGCCCCUCGCGGCCGGUGCCGGGCGAGCGCGCCGUCCGCUGCACCGUGUUCUCCAAUCAGUUCUGCAUCACUUUGGAAAGGUACAAUGAGGACCAGUUCGUUGAAAGCUCGCGAGCCGCUUACCGAAGGCCGCGGUUAAAUCAUUUUGUAACAGAACUCAAUAAUGAUACCAAAAUGUCAUUUUAGAUACAACGUCAUAUUUUAUUACUGGACUCUUGUCCAGGCCCUGCCAUUGAGAGAUUAUGUUAUGUAUACUCGUAGAAAUGAAAUGUAGUAUACUGAGACAACGUUGCAAGAUUACUCCUUGUUUAGAAUAUUAGCGACAGACCAAGACAAGUCUGCAACGAUUUGGAUAGCACACGCAAUGCAAGAGUGAAGGGGCCCACUGAUUAACAGUCCGCCGGACGGUAUGGGCCUGUUAGUUAGAACAAAAAGUUGACAGUUCCGAACCAAUGACAGGCCGAUACCGUCCGGCGGACUGUUAAUCAGUGGGCUCCUUUACGUAUUUUAAACGUCGAACUUCUAUGAAAUUAUGACGUAUAAAUAACACUUACACUGCGUGUGCUGUCAAAAUCGUUGCAGACUUGUCUUGGUCUAACUCUAGCCACAUCCAAAUCAGAUAAUGUGUUAUAUUGCA